AAGCGAUUCUUGGAAUAAUCCUGCAUUUGAAGCGAAUUUUGUGAAAUCCCUGAAUGAAGGUACUUACGUGAUCAAUGUGAUAGUACCAGCGAUUCGGGCAAUAUUGAAGAAUCUUCCUCUAGGAAAAUCUACAUUCAUUAGUAGCUCUGAAUGUUGA